CUAUUGGUGUGGGACAUACCACGUUCUUCUAUUCCCUCAUAGUAUCAAGUAAACUAUUUAAUGCUCUGCUCUAUUGGUGUGGGACAUAUCACGUUCUUCUAUUCCCUCAUAGUAUCAAGUAAACUAUUUAAUGCUCUGCUCUAUUGGUGUGGGACAUACCACGUCCUUCUAUUCCCUCAUAGUAUCAAGUAAACUAUUUAAUGCUCUGCUCUAUUGGUGUGGGACAGACUACGUACUUCUAUUCCCUCAUAGUAUCAAGUAAACUAUUUAAUGCUCUGCUCUAUUGGUGUGGGACAUACCACGUCCUUCUAUUCCCUCAUAGUAUCAAGUAAACUAUCUAAUGCUCUGCUCUAUUGGUGUGGGACAUACCACGUCCUUCUAUUCCCUCAUAGUAUCAAGUAAACUAUCUAAUGCUCUGCUCUAUUGGUGUGGGACAUACAAAGUCCUUCUAUUCCCUCAAAGUAUCAAGUAAACUAUUUAAUGCUCUGCUCUAUUGGUGUGGGACAUACCACGUCAUUCUAUUCCCUCAAAUAUCAAGUAAACUAUGUUAUGCUCUGCUCUAUUGGUGUGGGACAGACUACGUACUUCUAUUCCCUCAUAGUAUUAAGUAAACUAUUUAAUGCUCUGCUCUAUUGGUGUGGGACAGACUACGUCCUUCUAUUCCCUCAAAUAUCAAGUAAACUAUGUUAUGCUCUGCUCUAUUGGUGUGGGACAGACUACGUACUUCUAUUCCCUCAUAGUAUUAAGUAAACUAUUUAAUGCUCUGCUCUAUUGGUGUGGGACAGACUACGUCCUUCUAUUCCCUCAUAGUAUCAAGUAAACUAUUCAAUGCUCUGCUCUAUUGGUGUGGGGCAUAUUACAUCCUUCUAGCCUCUUGUCGUAUCAAGUAUUAAUGUCCUACUAGCCUCUAUUUGUAUGUGGCAUACUACCUCAUUGUACCCUCUCAUAGUAUCAAGUAAACUAUUUAAUGCUAUGUUCUAUUGGUAUGGGGCAUAUUACAUCCUUCUAGCCUCUUGUCGUAUCAAGUAUUAAUGUCCUACUAGCCUCUACUUGUAUGAGACAUACUACGUCAUUGUACCCUCUUAUAGUAUCAAGUAAACAAUUUAAUGCUAGUCUCUAUUGGUAUGGGAUAAACUACGCCCUUCUAGCCUCUCAUAGUAUCAAGUAUUAAUUUCCUACUAGCCUCCAUGUGUAUGAGGCAUACUACUUCCUUGUAUUCUCUCAUAGUAUCAAGUAUUAAUUGUCCUACAAGCCUCUAUAGGUAUGGGACACACAACUUCCUUGUAGUCUCUAAUACCACCGAGUAUUAAAUGUCCAAAAAGGCUCUAUCAUUCAUCUGUAAAUAUUUUUCCAUCAGCCUACAUUGUCAUACAUGUGGUGUCUCUACCUGUUACACGAACAUGAAAACUAUAUGGUCCUGACAUAUCUCAUAGUUUAUUGUCAUGUGUUAACAUGUAGGUUGCAGGCAUGUCAUGACUAACCGAUCAAAGAAUUUAGGCUAUAUACAACCCCCGUUGUGAACCGCUGUUAUCUCAAGCAUUAUCGAGACUUGGCCAAACCCGUUUACUGCGUAAGACCCACUUGGUUAUCAAAUUUCAAAGCGAUUUAACUUAUAUAUCUAUCCACGUUAAGGGUCCUAUAUUCUUAACUGCAAGCCCCGAUAGAGAAGCUCGUGAUGUGGUCGAACUGUCGAGCGUGACAGUCGUCCGAGGGCAACCCAACCAGGAACAAAAUCGCGUCCCUCUCUCAAUAUGUAUGCAUGUGUCAUAUAUAGCACUUCUAUACGACUAAGAAAGUUGCGACUGUGUAUUGGUAAAGGCUUGACCCUAUGUUGCUAUGAAGUCUAAUAUAAAAUAUAAAUAGAGAUCAGUUUUAAUACAGGCACUUAUGAAUAUUUGAAGGAAGCCCUCACGUCUGUAAGGCCUCGCUCAUAACUAGGACAGGAUGUGAUAUAGCACAAUGAGAGAGAAGUCCCUAUGUCAGUAGGAUGGAUGUCCCAUAUGAUCUUCUUGAUUGAAUCUAGAACAAGAAAGGAUCAAGCAUGAUGCUACCAAUACCCGGUAUCGGGAUGUGCUUCCUGAUGCAGGACCUUUAUAUAUUUACAACAGUGGAAAUCCGACACUGCGUGCCUUGUGACGCAGCUUGAGGAUUCUAUACUAGACACAAAUCAUACUUAUCAUACGGUGCGAGGGUGUAUAAAGACGAUGCUCCUGUGGUACAGCUGGAAAUCAAUCGUAAGAUUUGGAGGUUCAAAAGGGUUAGUCAAUAUGCGGAUUUAAUCGAUUGGACAAAGCAGAUUUAUGAACAUGCUUGAUAUAAAUACACGAGUGGGGAAGUACGGUACAUCGACAACAGUAACAAGGUCGGCAAACUGAGCCUGUGUUGUGUCUGAGGUGUUCACGUUGUCUCGGCUCUCAAAAUGCCUAGAAAGGCUCCAAGGGUCCAAGAACCUGAAACUGUCGCCAGGCCGAACCUUCAAUGGGAGGUUGGGGCACAUUCCUUGGAGGACAUUCUACAGAAGUACCCACUCCCUCGUGUGGUGCAGUGUGCCUAUACACUCAAUGAUGACAUAUCCACGGAACAAUCCAACUUUGAUUUUCUUCAGCCCAUGUUGUUGCACCAGAAGCGUGUGUGUAACAAGGUGACAGCAACCAGUCUCAAUACUGAUCCUCAAACUGGACACACGGUGGAGGUCGGGGCACCCCUACUCAUACCUGAAGAUUACAAAGGAUGGUUUGCGGUCAAAUUCACGUCCUGUGACAAGCCUAUUCCCCACUACCGCAAGGUGGCGAACCUUGCUUCCUCAGACUGCGACACGUUUCUGAUUGGCGGGGAUCAUGAAGUAAAUGCAGUGCAGAUUAACAGACAACAAUCUUCCCCUCAACAAAGAGUUCUCUAUCCUGGCGAUGUUCUCAGAAUGGGCAACUUGUACGUGGCCACAAGCAAAGUGAAAAAGUCCAUAUUUUCAAAAUCCGUUACACGUGAGGAGAGAUUUCUAUUAUGCACAGACCUGACCGACAGAGAGGUGAUGCUUCCUAUCAACGCUACGGGUGUUUUCUAUAUCCUGAAGCACAAGACAACUCAAAAACAGACCAUAAUGCAGGUUAAAGAUAUCAUCGCCAAAGAUCAAUUACCCUGUAAGGUCAAGCUGGUAUUUGGACGGGUUCCGCCGACUCCAUGUAUAUUUACUGGGGUUUUGAAUUUAAACGAAUUUCAUCUCGAAACCUCAGCCAUCGUGUCUUCAGUUUUCAACCUAAGGAAUAUACUUCUGGAGAUUCCAACUACCAUUCCUCUGAUGUUCAGAGUGGCUAAGCCUGACACUUCCCUUUUAAACAGCAGUGGGUAUAAGCGUGCGAUGGGUCUGUGCCAAAAUAAUGCAGAAAUGUAUAUGAGGAAUAUUAAAGCAGCUCAGGGUUUGCCAAAAGAAGUGAACAGACACCAGACUACACCUCCGGCGCGUCGAGAUAAACAAACCAAUGAAACGACCGCCGACUCGAAACCUAAUGCUGCUGUCAAUAUGGAUUUCAAAAGAAACGAAAAGAAAUCCGCAUCACCGGUAGAGGUCAAGUCUCUUCCCCGAGUCCUUCCAAAACCAUUGAAUCUUACUGGAAGUAUGCCUGACACUGAAGCAGAUGAUAACGUGACCCCCGACGUUCCACCUAGAACACCACUAAAACCAACAAAGCUGCCCUCUUUUAGCCCCCAACAACAUGGAGUAGUGAAUCUAGGAACAUCAGUUGGAUUUGGCACAGCGCCUAGGUUAGUAGUUAGAUCAUCACAAAAAGUCAGGCCACCUGCUCCGCCACCUGCCUCUAACAAACCAAAACAAGAGAUCUAUGAGUCUGUGUGGAUUGAACCAAAAUCUAGUGCAUCGCCGCCUACUCCACCCAAAUGUGUUCCUUCUGGAUAUAUUCAUCCAAAACCACCUCAAAAGGUUCAAACAAAGAAUACAAUAAGAAUAAGUACCAAUCAUGGCUAUCUGACUGUCCCAAUGUAUUUGAAUGACAAUGAUUCAGAUCCUGAAGAGGUCAUCAACCUGGCAGACAAGAUUAAUUUUUGGCAGCGUAUAACCACAUCUGACCUAGAUGGUUCCAGUGUGGACCCAUUGAAUCCUUGGGAUGAUGACAUUGGAGCAGGAAGGGGAGGUGGUUUCACAUACUCUGAAACAGGUGGCCCGACAAAACGUGACGAUGCAUCAAUGCUUCCAGCAAAGCAACAAGAGAAUGUGAUGGUGUAUGAAAACAUACAUUCCCUCAGGCAACUUAAAUCGGGAAACAGUGGAAGUGUUGCAGAAGCUCUGGCUUGCCCUUCCUCUCAUUCUGAGCCUUUUGACGAUGAUGUCAAUGUCACAGACUAUGAGAUGCCUGAUAGGCCAAAAACAAGUCUAUAUGAAGAUGAUGGAUCCAGUAAUAAGUGGAAGAAGAAUCAGACUGGUGGUCCUCCUGCUCCUCCUCCCAAGCCAACGAAAAAGGAGGCCAUAGCAUCCUACACUCAGGAAAAACACCAAUUACCAACAGAAGAAGAUGUGAUUUAUGAAUCUCCUGAUGAAAGAAAACUUGUUACUGCUUCACAUAUUUCAAAAAAUAAAUUUCACCAAAGACAUGACAUUUACGAACCUGUUGACAAAUUUGGGCAGAAAGAAAUUACUUUCCAACCUUCACAUUUGAGUUCCAGCACAGAUGAUGUGGUGUAUGAAUCUCCUGAUGAUCGUUAUCAUUUGGAGCAGAUGCCAAGUCCAUCAACACCACACGCGAUGGAGGAUGUUAUUUAUGAACCUUCUGACAACAGGAGGCAAGGAAUGUGUGAUUCUCCGUGCGCGGACUCUGGUAUCGGCAUAACGGAUGAAGGGGCAGAUGGCAGCUCUACUAUUGUUGCAAUGUCCGCAGCAGAAGUCAAUGACAAGUUAAGGCAAGCAGGUGGCAUCAAGCAGAAAACAUUGGCCCUACUGUUAAACAAUAACAUAGAUGGUCGUCAACUGUUUGACAUGGGUGAAAAUGGUUUGCAGUUGAAAUUUCCUUCCAUUUCAAACAUUGAAAAAAGAAUGAUCAAUUUGUUUAUACAUGGCUGUCAAUCUGGAGUGUUUAAAUUGUGACAUCACUCUUUGACAUGUUCCGUUGCCCAGUAUUUAAUAGAUAUACAUAGAGUCCCAACUUGAAGUAAUAGACACACAACACAACACAACACAGCACUAUACAGAUAAUGGGACAUUCAUACGAUGCUUUAUUCCGAGUGCUCAAAUUCUUGUUCAUUUGAACAUUCAUUCUGAAGACUCAGGGUGGAAUACUACAAUCUGUGCAGUGUGACAAGCCCCUUUGUGGUGUACCCCGUGAUACUGCUGAAAUAUUCUGCCGACCAAAAAAUAUGUAUACACCCGUGUUUGAUUGUGGCUAAAAAUGAAACAAACAAGAAUGUUUUUUGGAUGGCGAUACACUUGAUACAGGCAUCUUAAUUCACUUGUGCUUUGGACCUUAGGUUUGCCGUGUUUCGGCGACUGUUUUCAGCCUGGUCAUCCGAUUUCCUAUUGUAUACUUUCUUUUGCAGUUUAGUUCACUUACACAUUUAUUCACAUCUCCUCCAUCCCCACGAAUACAAUAAAAUAUCGAUGUAUUAAAUAAAAACGACAAACCCCUUUCCAUAUUCAUUAGAAGACUCUGCCAAAAUUCUAUUGUACGAUUUCCACCAUAUAUCACGAGAAUGUGUUUAUGAAUCACCAUCAAAUAAUGAUGUCACAGGUGUUUGCGAAAAGGUGAGCUAACCCUGUUUCAUAGGUGGCACCCGUCACAAACAAAUUGCAAAAGUAAGUCAAUUGUUCACUGGAGAAUUUGUUUUUAGAAUUUCUCGUAUUUUUGCUGGCUAUCAUUUGUUUCUUAAAAUGGCGAAAUUAUGGUUCAAUUUAUUUCAGUUAUUAAAAUAUUUGUUGUAUAUUUAUUCAUGUUACGUUUUUAUAGAUUAUAAUUAAUUGGCAUUGGCAACAUGAACAGGACAGGAACUCCUAGCUAUCAACCCGUAAAACCAUUUGAUGAGUGAAUGUUGUUUUACUACACAGUUAGGAAUACAACUGCAAUUCGCGAUCUCCUCUAUUACGAUCAUUUAAGCCUGUGAAGCUGUUGUAUCUAAAUUAAUACAUUACCUUUAGGGCUGUUGUAUUUAACAAGAAUAUUUGCCUAAAUAUUGUUUACUAUUUGUAAUGACAUCCAUACAUUUCACUGUAUUGGUUGCUUUAAGAUUUAUUGAAUUAUUUUGGUAAUCUUGUUUUAAUGUACAUGUAUGUGCAUUAAUAUGUUUGUGGACGAAUAAGAGAUAUCAAGAUAUGGACUGUUGUUUAACUGGAGAAUAUUCAUUGAAAUCAAGCGCACUGGUUACCUCGAUAUUCACAUGAUUUGUUAAAUUAAUGGUGAUAAAAUUAGUUCUUAUCGUA